CUGUACUCUAUAAUAUCCUUCUCUAUGAUAAUAUCCCUUAACUAUGACGUUAACUGUAAGUUAACCUCAGUUAACCUGCUACAAUAAUGUUUACGCUUUAAUUUUACAGCAAAUAUGAUAAAUUCACCUUUUCUGCAGAAAACAAAAACCUUUUUUAAAAAAACUGUAGUGGUUAAUUAUGCCUUACAAUCACAAAAGAGUGCCUCAAAACUAAAACACUCAGCCCCAACAGCAUCCUCUGUUCUCACGUCUUAUCUUAAACAACGUAAAGAACCCCCUUGGACUUCCUAUUUUAUAAGAUAUAUUGAUAUAGAAGAUGAUCAGUUUGGCAUGUCACACUUUAACUGGAAAGUGGGAAAUUCUAAUUAUCACAUACUAAGAACAGGAUGUUUUCCUUAUAUAAAAUAUCAUUGUACAAAACGACCAUACCAAGAUUUAAGUGUAGAAGACCUGUUCUUUCGCCUUGUUAAAUUGAUGAACUUAGGAAUACCUUGCCUUCUAUAUGGAAUUGCUGCAAUAAUGAUGAUAAGUCAUUCAGAAAUUGUUAAUACUCCAAAUGGCAGGGUAACAAUUUUCUUUCUGAUACCUGAAAACAAAGAUUCAAACUACUAACUAUAAAAUACAAAUUGUUUUGUGCAUAAAAUACAUAUUAUGGUUAUCAACUUAA